AUGGAAGCUCCAAAACAAGAAGUGCUUACAGCACCAGAAUUACCACCUAUGGUGUUGAUGCUACCAUCACCAGGCAUGGGACAUCUCAUACCGAUGAUUGAAUUCGCCAAACGAAUCCCUCUUCAUCAAAGCCUACAUAUCACCUUCGUCGUCCCUAACGCAGGUCCACCUUCCAAAGCACAGACCACCGUUCUUCAAUCCCUUCCGAAUUCCAUUUCACACACUUUCCUUCCACCAGUUACGUUCACAGAUCUCCCACCAAACACCAAGACUGAAACACUCAUCUCCCUCACCGUUCUCUUGUCUCUCCCUUCUCUCCGACAAACCAUCCAUUCCCUCUCCGUUUCUCAUACUAUCACUACCCUCCUCGUCGAUCAUUUCGGCACCGACGCUUUCGACGUCGCCGACGAAUUCAACCUCCCUAAAUAUAUUUUCUACCCUUCAACCGCCAUGUCUCUCUCCCUUUUUCUUUAUCUCCCUCGUUUAGACCAAGAGGAUCGUAAAAACGACGCUUACAGAACUGUUCUUCGUAACGCCAAGAGACACAGUGAAGCUGAUGGAAUUAUUGAAAACAGUUUCCUUGAACUCGAACCGGGUCCAAUCAAGGAGUUACAAAAAGGAGAACCAGUUCUUUAUCCGGUCGGACCGUUAGUUAAUAGAGAGGUCGAAGUCGCUCAAACCGGUCCAAAUGGUUCAGAGUGUUUGAAGUGGUUAGAUGAUCAGCCAGACAAGAGUGUUUUAUUUGUAUCUUUUGGAAGCCGUGGGACGCUCUCGAGUAAUCAGACAAUUGAAUUGGCACUUGGUUUAGAAAGGAGUGAGCAACGGUUUUUAUGGGUAGUUAGAAGUCCAUAUGAUAAAGUUGUUAAUGCUUCUUAUUUCACUGCUGAAUCAGAGUCUGAUCCUUUCGAUUUUUUACCAAAUGGGUUUUUAGAAAGAACUAAAGGGAGAGGUUUUGUUACUUCAUCUUGGGCCCCACAGCCACAGGUUUUGGCCCAUGGGUCAACGGGUGGGUUUUUGACUCAUUGUGGAUGGAAUUCUGUUCUUGAGAGUGUUGUGAAUGGAAUGCCUUUAGUUGUUUGGCCACUCUAUGCUGAACAAAGAAUGAAUGCUGUUAUUUUAACUGAGGGUGUUAAGGUUGGGUUGAGACCAAAUGUUGGUGAGAGUGGUUUGAUUGAGAGACAAGAGAUUGCUAGUGUUGUCAAGUGUUUGAUGGAAGGUGAAGAAGGGAAGAAGCUGCGUUGUAAAAUGAAGGAUCUUAAAGAGGCUGCAGCAAAAACUUUGGGUGAAAAUGGAACUUCCACAAACACUAUCUCUAAGUUAGCUCUCAAGUGGAGCAAUAGCAACAAAUCCAAUGUGACAAAUUAA